AUGACCAACGAUGGGGAUUUAAAUGUGGAUCACUUGAUCACACGGCUCUUGGAAGGUAAGUCAUGUUAAUAUCUAUUGAUUUUUGUUUUUAGUGCGUGGAUGUCGUCCCGGCAAAACAGUUCAGAUGUCUGAGAAUGAAAUCCGCGCUUUGUGUCACAAAUCGCGAGAGAUCUUCCUCUCCCAGCCAAUUCUUCUCGAACUGGAAGCUCCAUUGAAGAUUUGUGGUAAGUUUAUUGUCAGUUUUGUAAGGAUGUCCGGGUAUUCUAAACGAAAAAGAUUUUCGUUAUCUAGAUAAGGCAGGAAUUCUAGGCGUUUCAUUUCAUGAGUUUAAAAAAAAAAUGUCAGUUUAUCGAAAAAUGGUUUUUUUUCAUAAUUGAAAACGAAAAUGAUUCUACAGUCUAAAUUAACAUUUACAUACUAAAUAGCCCAUUUAUAAUCUUAAACUGUUAUUUAUAUUUCAGGUGAUAUCCACGGACAGUACAACGAUCUUCUUCGUCUGUUCGAAUACGGUGGAUUUCCUCCAGAAGCUAACUACUUGUUCUUGGGUGACUACGUUGACCGUGGAAAGCAGAGUUUAGAGGUAGGCGUUGUUACUUAAUUAAAGUUUUUAUAAUUAAAGCAAGUUCUUGUUUUGAUCCAUUAAUUUCUUUGAACCCAACAAUUAUUUUAGACAGUAUGUUAUUGUUUUCAGACUAUUUGCUUGUUGUUGGCGUACAAAAUUAAAUAUCCUGAGAACUUCUUUUUGCUGCGUGGCAACCACGAGUGUGCCUCUAUUAACCGGAUAUACGGAUUCUAUGACGAAUGCAAACGACGAUUUUCGAUAAAAUUAUGGAAGACGUUCACCGACUGCUUCAACUGCCUUCCAAUCGCAGCUCUCAUCGACGAGAAGAUUUUCUGUUGCCAUGGUGGUCUGUCUCCCGAUCUGCAGAACAUGGAACAGAUUCGCCGGAUAAUGAGGCCGACUGAUGUUCCCGACACGGGUUUACUUUGUGAUUUGCUAUGGUCUGAUCCAGACAAGGACGUACAAGGCUGGGGCGAGAAUGACAGAGGAGUGUCCUUCACUUUCGGACCAGAUGUUGUUGCCAAAUUCCUGAACAGACACGAUCUCGAUCUCAUUUGUCGUGCUCAUCAGGUAGUGGAAGAUGGGUACGAAUUCUUUGCCAAACGGCAGCUGGUGACAUUGUUCUCGGCCCCCAACUACUGUGGAGAGUUUGAUAACGCCGGAGGAAUGAUGAGCGUGGAUGAAACACUAAUGUGCUCCUUCCAGGUAAGUCCAUGUGUUUGUUAGAAUGUUGUGUUUGGGCCGGUCUGGUUCGUAUGUUUGUAUAUAUCUGAUAGACACACCACUACAGUGUCAUUUUUGGUUUUGAUGACACUGACUCAAGUUUUUUUGGUUUCAGAUCUUAAAGCCGUCCGCAAAGAAGGUCAAAUAAAAUGUCUGAACGUCAUUUUUAUAUUAAAAUUAUAACUUGUACGUUGAGUUGAUCGUCUGAACGAGCAGAGUCCCCUUUUUGAUGUUUGACGAACACUUAAAGGAAGUCAGUCAGCUUCUCGCUUAAGGUCCUUUCCACUUUCCCUUUUUAUGUAUACUUACCUCUUGUGUUGAUUUGUUGUCUCUUACAUAAAUGGCAUGUAAAAAUGGAUAUAUAGUUUUGUUUUCUAAUUAUAUGAUUAUUACUGUCUCCUUACUGUUGGACCGACGAAACCUUUAAAUGUUUAGUUCUAACUAUUUCAUUUUACAUUUUGUGUAAUUUCAUAAUAUAAAUGAAAAUACGAAUAAGGCCGGCUUGAACUUUAUUUUUUGAAUAGUUUUGUUUAUUUUUGUUAUGAACCGUUGGGGUUUCAGAUUUUGAAGCCGUCUGAAAAGAAAGCCAAAUAUCAGUACUCUGGUCUUAAUUCCGGGCGGCCGAUUCAGUCGCCUCAACGUGCACCAGCCGGCAACUCGAAAAAGAAAUGA